UUGAAGUUUUUUCUUGCGAACCUAUGUCCUUUUUUCGCCAGCGACUACAUUUCAUUAUUCUGCGAUGGGGAACCCGAUGUUGAAGGUUUUAACGACGCUAUCGAUGAGGUUUUUCGCUUGCAUCCGCUCAAAAAACGCAUACUUAUUGUGGGAGAGGAACGAGUAACGAAAUCGUUAUCAAAUUACAUUGAUGUCAUCCCCUCACUUAGCAUUACGCACUAUCCAUGUAUAAUGUUCUACAUGAAUAGAUCUCAAAUGGAAACUGUGCGAGUCUUGCAGUUGCCAAAAGUACCAGCAGGUUAUGAAUUAGGCUCUGCGAACCCCGAUAAAGAUGCUGAGAUUAUCACUAAAACAUGGAGGCACGCCAGACCGAAUGAAAUGGAUCAGACUAAACUGCAAAUAGACAUAAACUUAUAUGCAAAGGCUGCAGACAUGCAGAAGUUGAUUUUGUUUUAUUUUUAUGUCUUUUUCAGAGCAAAGCUAAGGAACUUUCCCUCUUCUUGCGUUCGUUACAAUGGUAAUCCCGUGGGCUUUGAAAUGAUGGAUGCUACGGGAAUGCUUAAUCAUCUGUUUGUACUGGAACAACAUCGCAAGAAAGGCCUUGGAAGUAUCAUUGAGCUCGAUUUAGCGAAAAAAAUUAUUAACAAUGGAUGCAAAGUGUACAAGUGUGUUGAACUAUAUAAUAAGACGGUGCUAGCUGGAAGCAAACAAUCACGAUUCUGGAGCAGUGUCAAAGAUAACGAUGGAAAUGAUGUCCUAAUUGUAUUCUCGAUUGUUGUCAAAGAAUGA